AUGAGCAAGCACUUCAUGAUUGAGCUUUGGAUUGCUAAUGGCUUCAUUUCAUCCAAUCAAAUGUUGGAUGCAGAAGGUGUUGGUAAUGAGGUGUGGAAUGAAUUAUAUUGGAGAUCAUUUUUCCAAGAUACUGAGACAGAUGAAUUUGGUCAAAUUACAUCAUUUAAGAUGCAUGAUCUUGUUCAUGAACUUGCUGAGUCAGUUACAAGAGAAGUUUGUUGCAUCACUUAUAACAAUGACUUGCCUACUGUGUCUGAGAGUAUCCGCCACCUCUCAGUUUACAAGGAAAAUUCAUUUGAGAUAGUCAAUUCAAUACAGUUGCACCAUGCCAAGUCAUUGAAGACCUAUCUGGCGGAGAAUUUCAAUGUGUUUGAUGCUGGACAACUUUCACCUCAGGUAUUGAAAUGUUAUUCUUUACGGGUACUUUUGAGCAAUAGACUAAACAAAUUGCCUACUUCAAUUGGCGGUCUAAAAUAUCUAAGAUAUUUAGAUAUUUCUGAAGGUAGCUUCAAUAGCCUUCCAAAAUCGCUUUGCAAGCUUUACAAUUUGCAAGUCUUGAAGUUAGAUGCUUGUUAUAAUCUACAAAAGUUGCCUGAUGGUUUAACAUGCUUAAAAGCUCUCCAACAUUUGUCUUUAAGAGGUUGUGAUUCACUAUCAAGCUUGCCCCCUCAUUUAGGAAAGCUGAAUUCCCUAAAGACUUUAAGCAAAUACAUUGUUGGCAACAAAAGGGGGUUCCUUUUGGAAGAACUGGGACAACUUAACCUUAAAGGACAGUUGCACAUCAAGAAUUUAGAGAGAGUUAAGAGUGUAGCAGAUGCCAAAAAAGCCAAUAUUUCAAGGAAGAAACUGAACCAUUUGUGGUUGUCAUGGGAAAGAAAUGAAGUCUCCCAACUACAAGAAAAUAUUGAGCAGAUUCUAGAAGCGCUUCAACCUUAUGCCCAACAACUUUAUUCUUGUGGCAUAGGAGGAUACACAGGUGCGCAUUUUCCACCAUGGAUUGCUAGCCCUUCUCUCAAAGAUUUAAGUUCUUUAGAGCUUGUGGAUUGCAAGAGUUGUUUAAACCUUCCGGAAUUGUGGAAACUACCUUCUCUAAAGUAUCUAAACAUAUCCAACAUGAUCCAUGCUCUCCAAGAACUAUAUAUUUACCAUUGCAAAAACAUCAGGUCAAUAACCAAUGAAGUAUUGAAAGGACUACACUCUCUCAAGGUGUUAAAUAUUAUGAAGUGCAAUAAGUUCAACAUGUCAUCGGGUUUUCAAUAUCUAACUUGUCUUGAGACGUUGGUGAUUGGUAGCUGUUCAGAAGUCAACGGUUUCCAUGAGGCUUUACAACAUAUGACUUCUUUGCAGUCCUUAACCUUAUCUGAUCUUCCAAACCUUAGAAUCUCUGCCUGA